AUGGCUACCCACACCUUUUACCACCACAGAGAAGAGGAACAGAAGGCAGAGAGGCACCGUGAUUUGCAAAUGACUUCACAGACAAGAAAGUCCAAAUUCAGGACCAGUGAAGAAGAAGAAAGUUUUACAUCUCUGGAUAGAUCCAUCGCAUCUGCUCUUGCGCUGACAACUGAAGUAUCUUGGGAAACCAGGAUGAGACGGGAGGCCACUGUACUGGAUCUGGAGGAGAGGGGAAAGAAGAGAAUUCGCUUUGGGAAUGACAUGGAAAAGCUAGAGAAGGACGUCAUCAGAAACUGCCGGUUCUUGCGGGUGAAGGCUGACAGGAUGGCCCUUCGGAGGAAGGCUGAAGCGAAGGCGCUACUGGAAAAGGAGGUGAUGGGGCUGUUGUCCUGCCGGGCACCCAUGUUUUGGGUCCCCCUGAGAGCUCACACAGUCUGGGAGAGGAUGAGCGUCACGUUGGAAUGCACUGUUCUGGCUAACCCUCAGCCCAAGGUCACCUGGUUUAAAAAUGGUGUUCGAAUUGACCCUCGUGUUGCUCCAGCAGGGAAAUAUAAAAUGAAGAAUGAAUUUGGAAUGCUUACCUUGGAUAUCAGGAGAUGCUCUUUGGAUGAUUCCGCCGAAUACAGCGUGGAAGUGAAGAACUCUUAUGGAGAGGCCAACUCAUUUGCAACUGUAUUUGUCAGGAAAUAUUAUGGGAUGGAAUCUGGAUUUGACUCAGAAAUCUAUAAACAGAGACUCAGAGGCAUAGAAGCUGACUUUGCCAGCACCUUGAAGCCCAUCUUUGCUAGAGAGAAGGAACCGUUCACCCUCUUAUGCACUUUCACUUCAGAUCUUCAGGAAUACCAACGAAACAUUUCCUGGUUCCGUGAUGGUGAGUUGCUAAAAGAUUCUGACCGCCGGCAAAUGAAGUGUGAGGACCGGGAGGCAACCCUGAUGAUAUCCUGUGCUUACAAGGAGGAUGAAGGCCUUUAUAGCAUCCGCAUCCCAACACAAGACGGCUACAAUGAACAAAAAGCUUAUGUGUUUGUUAGGGAUGCUGCAGCUGCAACAGCUGGUGCCCCCGGAUCUCCUCUCCUUGUACAAUGUCAUGAUGUGAACAAAAACAGCCUCAUACUUUCAUGGGCACCUCCCAGUGAUAAUGGUGGAAGCCCCAUCAUUGGUUAUUACAUUGAAAGGUGUGAAAUGGGCACAGAUGAAUGGGUUCCUUACAAUGACCAGCUGGUGAAAACUUGCAGGUCACCAGUUUUGGGUCUCACAGAAGGAAAGAGUUACCAGUUCCGAGUGAAGGCCGUCAAUUGUGCAGGAAUCAGUAAUCCUUCAAAGGCCAGCAGCCCUGUGACAAUGAUUGAUCCCAAUGAGGCCAAGAGGUUGCUAAACAUUCCUUAUGAUGAUGGGAUGAGGACAAUUAUAGUUUCGAAAGAUGAACUGGAACCUGAGAUUAAGAUCCCAUUGCCUCCCACCAAUGUUCAUGCCAGUGAGACCAGAGAAGAUUAUGUGAUCCUCUCUUGGGAUGAGCCAGACCCCAGAGGCAAAGAGCCACUGAAUUACUACAUAGAAAGGUCAAUCGCAGGGAGUAACAAAUGGCAGAUGGUUAAUCUGGAUAUUCCCGUCGGUUCCACCACUUUCCCUGUCUUUGGUCUGGAGAAGGCAAAAUCCUAUUGUUUCCGAGUACGGUCGGUGAAUAAAUAUGGAGUGAGUGAUCCUUCUUUGCCCAGUGAACCCAUCUCUCUGGGAAAAAAGAUUGCUCCACUUCCACCCCCAUCUCAGGUCCUGGCUUUCAGAGAUACCAAGACAUCUGUGGUUGUGCAAUGGAGCAAGCCAAGAAAAGGAGAGGAACCACUGGGUUAUUACAUCUAUUGCCAGGAGGUUGGGACAGAUGAAUGGCAAACGGUCAACAACAAACCUGUCACUUGUCAUGAAUUUACUGUUCCAGGACUCAAAACUGGCAAACAAUAUGUCUUCUGUGUCAAAUGUGUCAAUGAAGCUGGCGUAGGAGAAAGCUCUCCAGAAUCUGAUCCCAUUCUUGUGAGACAGGCAAUCUCUCUUCCAUCCGCUCCACGAGAUUUUGCUCUGCUGAACUGUGGGAAGGACACCAUGACCAUAGGCUGGAAGCCUCCAAAACACAAAGGUGGUUCAAAGAUUCUGGGCUAUUUCUUGGAUCAGCAGGAUACAACACAGGCUGACUGGCAUGAGACCAACAUUAAGCCCAUUGCUGAACGGGUUUAUACGGUCACCAACCUGGACGAAGGACAAUUUUAUCAAUUCCGUGGUUACGCCAUGAAUAUAGUUGGUGUCGGGAAGGUGUCAGAGCCCAGUGAUAUUUUCAAAUGUGAGGAAUGGACAAUGCCAGAACCAGGACCUCCUUAUGAUGUCAGAUGUACAGAAGUAAGAGAUACCUCUCUGAUGCUGCACUGGGAGCCACCUCUGUAUACUGGAGUGGGACCAAUCCAUGGUUAUUACGUGGAGGGCCGCGAGGAUGGAUCAGACACCUGGGAGCAACUGAAUAAACAGCCGAUAUCAAAGACACACAUGAAGCUGAGUGACCUGGAAACUGGGAAAUGUUAUAUUUUCCGAGUGCGAGCUGAGAACAAGGCAGGUGUUGGCCCACCAUCACUGCCAUCAGAUCCUGUGAUAGUGAAAACUAAACCAGACACCAAAGAAAUUGAAGUUGGGGUAGAUGAGGAAGGGUUCAUUUACUUGGCAUUUGAGGCUCCUGAGAUGGUUGACACUUCAGAGUUUAUUUGGUCCAAAGAUUAUGAAGGACCUCCAAAUCCUGACCGAGUUGAAAUUGUAGACAAAGAUGACAAGUCCAAGGUCAUUCUGAAAUAUGCUACUGAACGGGACCUGGGAACAUAUUCAGUAGAAGUAACUGAUACCGAUGAAGACAUUUCUGCCAGCCAUGUUUUAACUCCGGAAGAACUGGACCGCCUACGAAUGAUCAGCCAAGAGAUUCGAAAUCCCUUGAUUGAGCUGAUAUCUGGAUGGAACAUUGACGUUCUGGAGAAAGGGGAAGUACGGCUUUGGCUAGAAGUUGAGAAACUCUCUCCAGAGGCUGAGCUUCAUUUGAUCUUCAAUGGGAAAGAGCUCUCAAGCACCCCGACGCAUAAGAUCAACUUUGACAGAGCUAAAGGCCUUGUGGAACUGAUCAUCCAGGACUUCUGUGAGGAUGACAAGGGCUCCUACACUGCCCAUGUGAAAGAUGGCAAAGCGGAAAAUCAAUUUACUUUGGCUCUCACUGGGGAUGAUUUUGAUAAACUUAAAGCAGAGGCUGAUGCCAAAAAGAAGGACUGGAAAAGAAAACAAGGUGGCAGGCUGAUAUGCCGUAUGAGCAUGGUGUUGGGAAAGCUAGUUUUAAAGUUUCAGGCAUCAAACAUGAAGAAGGAUACUUCUUUUCAAUGGUUCUUUGAUAACAAAGCCCGCUCAGAUGGUCAAUAUAAUUCAAACACAGGAGCUGGAAUCCUACAAAUUAAAAGGAUUACCAAAGCAGACAAAGGAGUCUACAAAGCUGUGGUUUCUGAUGACCGCGGACAAGACACAACCCAACUGGAUCUUACAAAGGAAGCAUUUGAUGACAUCCUCAAGGAGCUGGCCAGAAUCAGUAUUCUUUCUGCAUCACCUUUGAAAGUGCAGCCAACUGUAGAAGGCAUCAAGAUCUACAGUGAAGUAAAGUGCUACACAGAUGCCAUGAAGACCACCUGGUACCACAACGACAAGCGUCUAGAAGGAGGAGAUCACUUGAAAAUAGGAACAACCAUGGACCAGGUUUGGUUGCACAUCCUUGAUCCAAAGGAGUCUGACCGAGGCAAAUACACCCUGGAGCUCACUGAUGGGAUAGAGAUGCGCAAAUUGACAACUGACCUAUCUGGAAAAGCUUUCGACGAUGCGCUCGCCGAACAUCAAAGGCUGAAGCAAGCGGCUAUGGUGGAGGAGUUCCGAGCCAAAGUGGUACGUGGCCUUCCAGAUGUUGCAACUAUCAUGGAAAGUAAGACUUUGUGCUUGACCUGCAUCAUCUCCGGAGACCCUUACCCAGAAAUCACCUGGUACAAGAACGAGAAGGUCAUUACCUUCAAAGAUCGGUACAAGAUGGAAGUGAAGGGGACCGUGAUCACAAUAACCAUUGAGAACGUCAGCAGUGAGGACACCGGGAGGUUCAGCAUCCUUGUGAAGAACAAGUGGGGCUCUGAAACUGGGAAGGUGACCGUCAGCGUCUACAAGCAGGGGGAAGAACCGAAGGAGCUGAAAGAGGAGCCCCGCUCUGCCUGAGCCCAGGUUCAGUUCUAAGGGCCAGGUCUGGUCCAGUAGAGGAGGAUGGUCCUUAUUCAUUGCAAGGAAAGACCCACCUCCCCAUCUCCCACCCUACCCUCACUACUUUCUGAGCAGACUCCUCGGCUUAUGAUAUUUAUAGAUAUUUAUAAAAGUCAGCCUCCAGCCCCAUCAGGUCUCUCUCAGUGUUUUUCAGUGCUUUCAAACAUAUAUAUU